AAUUUUGCAACACAGGAAACUGAUACCGUUGCUAUGGACACCUGCUUUAUUUAUGUGGAUUAUUUCCUGUUAGAAAAAAAAAUCCAAGUUAAAAUUUCCAGUGUUUUGUGCACGAAAUUAAAGAAGCAAAGAGCAAUGACGGAUUGUGACCGAAACGAAUCAAUUUCUAUGCAUGACUUUUUAGAAUUUUUGAAAAUAACCUGUCAAGUAAACGAUUCCUUCAACAGCAACAAGAAAAACCCUCCGCCCUUUGACUAUAACCAACUGGCAAAAAAUGAACUGGUGAACCAGAUACAUUCGGAAGCUGCAACCGGUAAUCCAAACUUGCAUGGAGCAUCCCCGGCUCGUCGACAAACAACUAAAAAAGAUAGCAAGGAUGAUGGUCAAAAAAAAAAUUUCAAGAAAAAGUCUAUUACGCAUAGUAAAUCACAAAAAAGUAAACAAGAAACUGUAGAAGUUCCAAACCGAGCUUUAGAUGCUUUACUGAAUGAAAAGUUAGAUGAAGUACUGAACGAAGGUAUUCUUGAUUCGGUAUUACCCUUUAUUUGUCCAUCCAGUACGUCAGGACCGACCGGAUUUGGGUAUCACAAAGGAGCUCAUCCAAAGCUAUCUCAUCAUCCGGUUAUACAGGUUACUCCUAGUAGUAACAGUGCAACUUUGAAAAAUCUUGCUGAAGGGACGUCGACCGAUCAUCCAGUUACAAGCAGCUUCAAAAAAACCAAUCAUCAAUCAGGAGAUGUUUCUCAAAAUUUUCUGAUUGCAAGUAGCACUUCCAAAUUGGGAGCUAGAAGAAAGUCUUCAGUUUCUCAAAUGUCAAUUUCGGACAAUCGUUCCGAACCUGAGGUUAUAAUUCAUGUGUGCGACGAAGUCAAAGGAACAUCACGGGACUUUUCUUGUCCGCAGAAGCUACUGAUCACGAAAAUGGGAUAUUUUGCUGAUGUUACUGCUGGUCAACGAUUAGAAGACAUGGACAUCUCAGUGCAUUGCGAUUUGCAAAUAUUUGAGUGGCUUAUGAAGUGGGUCAAGAAGGAAUCCACCUCGCAGGAAGAUUGGCCAUCUCUUGAUCCAUCUAAUGUGGUUCCAAUCUUAGUUUCAGCAAGUUUUCUGCAAAUGGAACCUUUGUUAUUGGACUGCCUUUCCUUUUGUCAUGCUCGGUUGAACGAAGUUGUGAGAGCAUCAUCUAAUUUAGCCUGCCUCAACGACAGUAUAAUCACAAGGCUUGCAGCCAUGUUUACAAAUCUGGAGCUCGAAAUGGUCAAGGAUAAAAAAGAUCGCAUUGCGCCACGUCUUUGGACUAAGCUUAUUCAGAGUCUUUGUGAGAUUGAACCACAAGCACUGCGAGGUCACUACGCCACACUUGUUGGUAUGUUUCGAUGUCUACGCUGCGGAAAAUAUCUGACCCAAACCGUUAGUACAUUUAUACACUGCGUGCCACAAAAUAUUCGCCUGAAUCGCUGGGGUCAACUAAUAAGUUCACAUGUGAAGGACCCUGCAUGGAACAUAACUAGCUAUGUGGCGAGCCUUCAUAAAGAGAUGCGCUCGUGGCGCAAAGUGUACUGGCGUUUGUGGGGACACUGUCACUUUCUGUAUUGUGCUAUGUGUGAUACCCAUUUCGCGGUAUAUCAAAUGCUUUGGUGUCAAUAUCAUCCGGAGCAACCUCAGUUUUUAGGACCAGCGGCGGAAGGUCGAGUUCCGGGACCCGCAGGACGGUAUCCAUGCUGCGGUAAGCAGGCAUAUCGUUAUGAAACUCUUCCUGGUCCUACGGGUUGCCAAUAUCGGGAACAUACCGUACAGGCAGAUACGGAUCGCGAUCGUUCGAUUUUGCAGCUAGCAAUGCAGGCUGCUGAGGGUGGUUGCUUGUAUGAAACGGCUCCGUUCAAACCUCCCAACACCGUCAAUGACCCAUGGUGGAAUGGUAUAGGAAUUUUACCGCAUCGUUCGAGGCAGGGUUUACUGCCGACGUUCCAUAUUGAAGGUGAUGCUCAACCCAGUCGAUCCACUAGGAAAUUUAUAACACGCCAGCAGUCUCAGUCAAUCGCCGAAUCGGACACUGAAUCCGACUCGGAAGACGCCGAUAAAUCAGGCACUAUUCUUAGUCAUUCUUCUAGUAGUAGUAGCGAUGGCGAAGAGUCUGCUUACAGCAGUCCACGAUCGUUUCGUCCAAAGAAUCUCAAGCACAAACCAAAGCUUUCUUACGGUCGCCACUGGGCGGGAGACAUGUCUGCUCGUAGCAAUCAGGACAACCAGCGUGAGUUUGAAGAACGCGCUAUGAAGCAGAUUAUUGCAAUGGUUGGGAAGAAAACGGGUAGCGAACAGAAUCAGCAAUUCGUCACCUAUCAGCAAGGUGGCACAUUCAUGAAGAUUGAAGCUGACUGGAGAGAAUCCAUCAAGCAAAAAAAUUUAGCCAGUGUUAAAGCCAAAGCAGGAACUAUCAAAUGAUGACUGCUCAUAGACUUACGCGAACGGUCACAGGAAAAAUCAUUUGGAUAAGGAUAGCAUGAUAAUAUUUGCAAUCACAUUAUUUCCAAAGCACCUUUUGAAUGUAAACUAUCACAAUUUCACAAAAUCUUACAUCUAAUCGUGGCUAUUAAGUUUUCUCGGUCUAUCCAUAUUACAUGCACCAGAGAUCGAAUUUAAGGCUAGUGUAGCCCACAGGAGUGUUCAAUCUUCGUUACAAAUAUUUAUGCUUGAUAAUAAAUACUCAACUGAGAGUGGAAAUCAACCAUUUUUUGAAGAAAUAGGCAAACAAUUUUU